AAGAAAUAUUUCAUAUCAACGAGAUAAAUUCAGUAUCGAUAACAAUACAGAAAGAAUGUGAUAGCAUUGAUCGAGAAAACAAAAAUUGUGUUUGAAGAAGACGGAAACUACUCGUGGGAGUCACUUUCUAAUAUCAGAAAAUUCUUAAUCAUUUUCCUUUUUUAUUUUAUUUUGCUCGGUUCGUUCGCCUGCAGUGAAGAAAAUCGAAACAGUUCUAUCUCGGACUGACACAGUGCAAGUGACGUAUUACGUAUUUGGGGACAAUUCAUGGCAAGAGCAUGACAUCAUCGGGAAUUUAUUUAAUUAGUGUUGUCUACUUGUCGUGUUAUUAUCACACUUUAAUUUUUGCAAACAUAUAAUUUAGAUAUUUUCGAACACUGUGGAGUUAUUAAGAUGGCCGGAAAAACCAAUGUAAAUGACGAAAAAAUCUGUCUCUUCGCAGAUCAAGCAAUAUUUGGAUAUGGCACGAGCAUUCCACCAAAUAAUAAUGAAUACGAGGCGAAUGACCCUUCCAAAAAGGUGAUUUUCUGUAUGCAUGGAAAACUCUCAGGAUGUUGUACAGUUGUUAAAGGAACAGGAACAGACGAGGAGAUAAUGGAUACUGCUUAUCAGCAGGAUAUCAGUCAAUUCGAGGAUCAUUGCCAUCGGGAUCGCAACGAAUCUAUUGACAAAAAAGCUCGAAAGAAGUUGAUUAUUGCUUGCAUAUUGUGUGUGAUAUUUAUGGUAGCAGAAAUAAUCGGUGGUGUGUUAUCAAAUAGUUUGGCAAUAGCAACGGAUGCAGCCCACCUACUUACAGAUUUUGCGUCAUUUAUGAUAUCUCUUUUUUCAAUAUGGGUUGCUGGUAGACCCGCCACUAGGAAAAUGCCAUUUGGAUGGUACAGAGCCGAGGUAAUCGGUGCACUCACCUCAGUGCUGUUAAUAUGGGUGGUAACAGGAAUUCUGUUUUAUCUGGCAAUUGAGAGGAUUGUCAAUAAGGAUUUUGAACUGGAUGCUGAAGUCAUGCUCAUUACGUCUGCAAUUGGUGUUGCUGUUAACCUAGUAAUGGGUUUAACACUUCAUCAACACGGCCAUAGUCACGGUGGCGGCCAUGGUCAUAGUCAUGGUGGCGACCAUGGUCAUAGUCAUGGUGGCGGAAAACACCAAGGUGAUGACAAAAAUAUAAAUGUUCGAGCAGCAUAUAUCCAUGUUCUAGGCGAUUUCAUUCAAAGCACGGGUGUCCUUGUAGCGGCCUUGAUUAUUUAUUUCAAGCCUACUUGGAGUAUUGUAGACCCCAUCUGCACAUUUUUGUUUGCUAUUCUAGUCCUGUUCACAACGGUGGCCAUCAUUAAAGAUGUAAUGAAUGUUCUUAUGGAAGGAAUACCGAAGGGUUUCGAGUACUCAAGUGUCGAGAGUACAUUCAUGGGAAUCGAAGGGGUCGUCAAAGUGCAUAAUUUGAGAAUUUGGGCAUUGUCACUCGAUAAAACGGCCCUUUCCGCGCAUCUUGCUAUCAAGUCUGAUGCAAGCCCUCAACAAAUUCUGCGAACAGCAACUAGAAAUAUCCAUGACCACUAUAACUUCUUCGAGAUGACUCUCCAAAUUGAAGAAUUUAACGAGAGAAUGGAAAACUGUAAGCAGUGCAAGGCGUUACAGUAAUUGUAUAUUUUACGAUUGCUUACCAAUGAGAAGGCUUAUCAUUACGAAUUUGUAAAAAAAUAUAUGUCAAUAUGUGACUCUGAAUCAGCUAUGAUGCAUCGUAGCAACCAAUCUAUAUGAGAAUUAUUGAAUAAAAUGAUGUCCAGUUAUUGUUAAAA